AGAAGAUGGUGGGUUUCUCAGAGGAUUGGGGUCAGGGAUCUGUGAGAGGAAGAGGGUCGCAGAGUGGAGAGGCUGGGGACCUGGAUCGCAGUGCAGAUCCUGGGGGACCAGAGGUGAUGAGGUCUCGCAGCUCCAGCGCUUCCCCACUUCAGCACCCUCGACCCCGUACGACGCCCCAAACCCGGGGCAGCCCGGAGUCUAGCCCAGGAGUGGCGGACGACCCCGCGGUUGCUCCUCCUGAGGGCCGCACGGAGGACCCCAACGACCACACCCCGGAUUCUCCUGGACCCUGGCUGGUGCCGAGCGAGGAACGGCUCUCGCGAGCCCUAGGGGUCCCAGGGGCCGCGCAGCUAGCCCUGGAGAUGGCAGCCGGAAGGCGGAGGCACUGAGCGUGUAGCAGACGGGUCACUUGGUACUGCCCAACCUGGAUCUGGCGUGCUCCGCCCGCCGCUCACUAACAUCAUGGAGAGCUUGGUCUUCUCUCCCCUCCUGCUUCGCAGUCGACCAUCCCGAGCUCCCCUCGAGGCGUCAGUGGUACGGCCCUGCUGGACCGGCCAGCCCUGCGCUUAUUGCUUUGGGCGGGGGAGGUAAUAAAAUGGUUCGAUCCAGUCUUGCAGGUGCUCAAAGCCGGGCGGGGCUCCCGAGUCCAACCCGUAAAGCAGCGGGUGGGUCGACCAGUUUGCGAGGAGGGCCUCUUCUAGCAACCAUUGAGAAGCUUACUUCCUGCUGUUUCUUUCAUGUCUCUAGAGAGGUCUUCGCUUCUGCCGGCAUAGCCCCACGCCGUUCCCCUUCGCCAACUCCUGCUUCUCUCCCCAUUUAUUCAUUUCACUUUUUUGGACGUGUGCAGGGCUCAAAGUUAAUUAUUGCACGUGGCGUGGGGAAUGCAGAGGAGGGCCUACUGUGGCGGGGAGUGCACCAGUGUA